AUGAUAUUCCCGGUAGUUCCGGAUACCCUGCAGGCAUUUAAAAUCGAGAGAGAGAGAGAGAGAGAGAGCGAGAAAGAGAGAGAGCGAUCGGAAGAUGGAUUGGCCCGUUCGCUAUGGUGUUGAUUUUUGAAGCAAAGAAGAAAGUGGCCUAAAUUUGCAAAACCGGUUCCCUGGCUGGGUGCCGAUUACUUAAUACUGUUUGUAUUUUGUGUCCGUUUGUGCGGAUUGGCGUGCUUAUGCGCCUGGCUUUUUCUAUUUCACACUAGUUCAUAAUCGUUCCUUCUUUGUUGGUUCGUUUUUUUUUUCGUUACAGUGUUACUGGUGACAGCAUUGCUUCUGUCACACACCCUGGUGAGGGGCGAUUCUUCGGCCGGUGGAAGCAGACGAUCACCGGCACUGAUCGAUUCCGGCGUUCGAGCUGGGUCACGAAUGCCGGUAGUUCCUUUAGCUGGUUCGAAGGUUACCAAACUACGGCCGGUUGGCAAGCAGCCACCCGCCGAGGAGGAGGAUGAUGACGACGACGACGACGAUGAUGACGACGAUUACUUUGACUUUGGGCUGGGAGAUGAUGACGACGAUGACGAUGAUGAUGAUGAGGACGAGGAGGACGAGGACGAUGACGAGGAGGAGGAGGAGGAAGUGCCUAUCAAACCAGAGUCGCCAGCGCCGGCUGUGGUAGAAACGAGCACGACACGAGCGAGAUUGCUGUCCGAUGCAGCCUUCAACAAAUUGUCCGAGACGCUCGGUGCUUUGAAUACGGUCGGACGGUACAUCGUUAACAUUACCAAGGGACAGGAAGCGAGUGCCAUCACGCAGGUUGACCCCGGCACUAAGGAAACCGUCCCGGAAGCGCUUCUUACUCUCACGAAAACGGUUCUCGGGCAAAACAUUACCAAAUCGUUCGAACCGUUGAUCAAGCGGGUGGGCAAUGGUGGUGGUGUCGGUGUGGGGGGAGACCACGAAACAGUCAGCGCGGUCACUUCUGGUCCGUUGGUGAUCGUGUCAACUGGCAGCACCUUGGAACCAAUGGUCGCAUCCAUUACUGUACCAUCAGUUGCAGUUACAGCACAGCGAAAGGAGGACAAUGAGCUCACACUCGCGGACAACAAGAUCCUAUCGCCUCCCGUGCCGGCCAGUGGUGCAGCAAGCGAGCAAAAAAAGAAGAAGAAAAAGAAGAAGAAGAACAAGGUAAAGCGCAAGGAUCCGGCACAUCAGGAGGUGCGGCUAAGUACGACAACGACGACGACCAGUACAACGACGCGCCGGCCAGAACCAGCGCCGAGCAAUAAAAUCAUCGAAUCCACAAAGGAUAUUGAAAAUCGUUGCCGCACGCCGGACGGGCGCCCCGGAAGGUGUGAGGAUUUGAGUACGUGUCCCGGAUUGCUGCUGGAUUUGAGUCACCUGCGGGAAUCGCUUUGCUUCAAGAGCCUUUUCGUACCGGGCGUCUGUUGUCCGAUAAGCACCACCAGUACAGUGCUUACCACGCCCAGACCACCACGGCCACAGCAAUCCGGUUCGGGUAGCGGUGGUUCGUCUAGCUUAGUACUCAGCCCGGUUGUUAAACCAACGACCACGACGAGUACAACCACAACCACCACUAAACGGCCCCUCGUGCCGGUGUACACGGUAUCUCCGGAUGAUAGUGGAGCGUUACUAUCGGCCACACUCAAACCGAUCGAUAACAUCGUCGAUCCGCAGGACUGUGGACAGCAGGAAUAUUCGUCCGGUAGGAUCGUGGGAGGUAUAGAGGCACCAACUGGACAGUGGCCGUGGAUGGCAGCGAUCUUCCUGCACGGCACGAAGCGUACCGAGUUCUGGUGUGGAGGAUCACUGAUCGGCACGAAGUACAUCUUGACGGCCGCUCACUGUACGCGAGAUUCUCGGCAACGGCCGUUUGCGGCGCGACAGUUCACCGUCCGGUUGGGUGACAUCGAUCUGUCCACCGAUGGGGAACCGUCGGCUCCGGUGACGUAUAAGGUGACGGAGGUGCGGGCACAUCCCCGGUUUUCGCGUGUCGGAUUUUACAACGACAUUGCGCUGCUUGUGUUGGACAAACCGGUUCGUAAGUCGAAGUACGUGAUACCGGUGUGUCUACCGGGGGCGAAUUUACCGUCGAAGGAGCGACUAGCUGGCCGUCGAGCAACGGUCGUCGGUUGGGGUACGACGUAUUACGGUGGAAAGGAAUCUACCAAGCAGCAGCAAGCGACACUACCCGUCUGGCGUAACGAGGAUUGCAAUCGAGCCUACUUCCAGCCCAUUACGGACAACUUUGUGUGUGCCGGGUUCUCGGAGGGUGGCGUGGAUGCGUGUCAGGGCGAUUCUGGUGGACCGCUGAUGAUGUUAGUUGAGGCCCGCUGGACACAGGUCGGUGUGGUGUCGUUCGGCAACAAGUGUGGCGAACCGGGCUAUCCCGGUGUGUACACGCGUAUCAGCGAGUACAUGGAUUGGAUAAGAGAGAAUACGAAGAAGUAG